AUGAAAUUCAAGUUAACUUCGUCUGGUCUUUUUUUCUUCGCGGCACUUGUGUGCUGCAUCUGGUCCUGCAAGCUUCAGGAACUGUAUACCACCUACGCUGACCAGGGCCUUCGCAUCCUCGCCUUUCCAUCCAAUCAGUUUGGCGGCCAGGAGCCUGGCACCAAUGAGGAGAUCAAACACUUCGCGGUCGAGAAAUACAAGGUCUCCUUCGACCUUUUUGACAAAGUUGACGUGAAUGGACCCAACGCUCAUCCAAUUUUUGUCUACCUACAGGAAUCCCUCUCUGGUUUCGUGACAAAGUGGGUUUGA